UACGAGAGUUCUCUCAAGUCUGUGUCCUUUUUAUUCAAGUUUCGCGGCAACGCCUCUCUUCACCUCUUCUCUCUCUCUCUCUCUCUCUCUCUAUUUCAUCUCAAUCCUUUUUUUCUCCAUCUCUCUCUUUAAAACCUCUUCCUCUAAUCGAUCUCUCGAACAAGGUUUAUGUGAGCUUUUUCUCUCUUCUUCUUCUCUGAGUGGCGUCCCGAUUUGCUUCGUUUUGUCGGUUCUUAUUGAGCUGUGUAAUCGAUCGGGUUCGUUGGAAUCAACUGGGCAGAAGAAAUCGGGGAAUCAAGUGUUUAUUAUGGCGCCCAGUAGGAAGUUGAAGAGUGUGAACAAGCGCUUCAUCAGUGAAGCUUCUCCAGAUAUCAAUGUUGGGAGCUCCACCAAAACCAAGCAACGAAAGAAGAAACUGACUGACAAGUUGGGACCUCAGUGGACCAAAGGAGAGCUUGAGCGUUUCUAUGAUUCUUAUCGGAAGCAUGUGGGAGACUGGAAAAAGGUAGCUGCUGCUGUCCGGAACAACCGGUCUGUUGAGAUGGUGGAAGCUCUCUUUUCUAUGAAUCGGGCAUACUUAUCCUUGCCCGAGGGAACUGCGUCUGUAGCUGGCCUCAUUGCAAUGAUGACUGAUCAUUACAGCGUCAUGGAGGGGAGCGAAAGUGAAGGAGAAGACCAUGAUGCUUCUGGAGUACUGAGGAAAAAUCAGAAGCGCAAACGUGCUAAAGUUCAGGCUAGUGAUUUUCAAGAGGAAGUUAUUCCACCACAUUCAAUUGCAUCAGCAGAAGGAUGCCUCUCACACUUGAAGCAUACACAAGCUUAUGAAAAAAGGCAACGCGCCACUGGGAAACGUACACCUCGGGUUCUUGUAGCAAUUACAUGCGAGAGGAAUAACAGAGAAUAUUCUACUCCACCAAAUAAAAGAGCCAAGAAACAACUUGAUGCUAAUGAUGAUGCAUCAAGAAGGGGAGGAGGCUCUCCAUAUAGAAGAACAGAACUCAGUGAUAGCACACCACUUAGGCUUGGAAAAAGGUUACAAGCACAGGAAGCUCAAUUCAAGCACCAUGAUAGUUCCAUGUUUGAGAAUAGUGUGAGAAUAAGUCGAGAUAAGAGACAUAAAAAGGGAGCUGCUGAUAGAGAUAGUGCAUUGUUGAUGGAUAUUGAAGGACUUGUUUCCGCGGAGGUUCCCCAGAAAGGAAAAAAUGUGAGAGUUGAAGAAGCAGAAGGAAGUGAUGAUGAUGGAUUAGAAGCUCUGAAGGAAUUGGCUGAUGUGUCAGUUGCACUGGCUCCAACGGGUUUGAUGGAAUCAGAAUCAUCUGCACAGCGGGAAGAAGAAAGAAUAGCGAACAACGUGGAUGAGCAAUCUAACACUCUGGAAACCGUGUCUACAAGCCAUCACAGAGAAAAAGAAAAACAAGCAGGGCCAGAAGAUAGUCUCUUACAUGCAAUUUCAGCCGCCGAUAAAAGUAAACCAAAGUCCGUGCAGGAAUCCGUUGAUGUUGGCACUUCAAGAAGAAAACGUAAAACAAAGGUGCUAGAUGCAGAAGCUUCAGAAGAGUCUAUUCAGAUAAAAUCUCUAGAUACUAAGGAAUCGGCUGAAGAUGAUAAUUUGAAGACUCUGGUCGGAGCAAGACGUUCUGGUCAAGGUCCAGUGAAACAGCUGAAAACUGCAAAGACCUCGGAAGAACCUUCUUCAACUAGUGAUAAGAUAAUAACUGGACCGGAUGCAGUAGUGACAGCUACACAAGUUUCAGGUUCGGGUCCAGUGACUUUGCCACAGAAACCUCCAAACAGGCGUAAGAUGAGUUUGAAGAAAAGUUUACAACAAAGAGCUAUAUCUUCUGAAACCACUCAUGACAAGCCACUUGGUUGCAAAAAGUUUUCAGAAUAUGAAUUACUAAAGGAGAAAGUUUCGACUUGUCUGUCAUAUCCAUUGGUACGUCGAUGGUGCAUAUUUGAAUGGUUCUACAGUGCUAUUGACUAUCCCUGGUUUGCAAAGAUGGAGUUCACUGAUUAUCUAAAUCAUGUGGGGCUUGGUCAUGUUCCAAGACUUACUCGUCUUGAAUGGAGUGUCAUUAAAAGUUCCCUCGGAAGACCUCGGAGAUUCUCUGAGAGAUUCCUACAGGACGAGCGGGAUAAGCUCCAACAAUAUCGUGAAUCUGUGAGAAAGCAUUAUACAGAGGUCCGUGGAUGUGCUAGGGAAGUGCUUCAUACAGAUUUGGCCCGGCCUUUAUCAGUCGGGAAUAGAGUCAUUGCCAUCCAUCCUAAGACACGGGAAAUUCGUGAUGGCAAGAUUCUUACUGUGGAUCAUAACAAGUGCAACGUUCUGUUUGAUGAAUCGGGCGUGGAGUUAGUUAUGGACAUUGACUGCAUGCCUUUAAAUCCGUUGGAAUACAUGCCAGAGGGUCUGAGGAAGCAAAUCGAUAAGUGCUUUUCGAUAAGCAAAGAAGCACAGCCUAACAGACACUCAAACUCUGAUGCAUCUGUUCUGUUCUCUCCUUCUGUGCUUGAGAAUGUCAACUUCUCCAUGAAUCCUCAUUCGAAACAGGAUGAUAUCAGGAAGUCAGUUUUGUUUGAUAAAGUGUUAGCAACCAACACUACUGAUCAAUCUGUCACAACCAAUAGCCAAAAAAGAGGAACUGAAAUUCAACGACCUCUGACACUGCAGCGUACUUCAGAUGCGCAGGAAAUGGAGCCAGAAAUGAUUGAAAUUGUCAGUGGUUCAAAGUCAAUAGCACAAGCAUUGGUGGAUGCAGCUAUGAAGGCUGCAUUGUCGGGGAAGAACAACAACAACGAAGAGUCAGGGAAUAUGGUCCAACAAGCUUUAAGCUCAAUUGGCAAACAUCAGCCACUAGAUAACUCUAUAGUGUCUUCUGGUAUCAAGCAUCAACAGCAUACCAAUGGAAGCUUGGAUCAUCAUCCCUCAAACACAGCAGAGCCGAUUAACGGUUUGGCAUCAGAGGACGGAUCAGGAAAAAACAAAACGCAAAUACCUUCAGAGCUCAUCACCUCUUGUGUUGCAACUUGGCUCAUGAUUCAGAUGUGCACAGAGAAGCAUUACCCACCAGCGGAUGUGGCACAGCUGAUGGAGACAGCAGUAACUGGCUUGCAGCCACGGUGUCCACAGAACAUGCCAAUCUACAGAGAGAUCCAGACUUGCAUGGGAUGGAUCAAGACUCAAAUCAUGGCUCUUGUAAGAACAUGAAACAGUUGUGUUCUAUAUAAUUAACCUGACAUGUGGAAGAAGAAGAUGUUGAUAUGAGAUUUAAUUGUUUGGAUUGUAGAGGGGGUAAGCUUAGUUUUAUAGUUAGUUAAUAAAUUUGAACAGCUCUAAAAGCUCUUGAUAGUUAGUUUAACCAUUGAUUCUGUAAAUUUGGAACUGUUUCUUUCUCAGUUUUGUCUUCUUCUCCGUUAAAUAUGCUUCAUGCAA